AUGAGUCUAUAACACUGGUCUGCAUAAAUGAUGUCAUUUAACACAACUUUCUCGUGACAGGAAAGAAAAGUUCUCAAAAGUUGGAAUUACAUCAGUGAGAAAUUCAUCCAAACGCAUCUUCUGCUUUACCAACAACGACAUAAACAACAACUUUGCAUUUCUGCUUUCACACUAAGCUUGCAUUACUUGAAACACGAUAUUUGUGUGUUUUUGCUGCAGACAUCCAGUGUUCAGCACCACGGACAGCGCUCGAGCCGAGUUCGACUGACACAUCGAGUCCAUCUUUGUUCAUCAGUCAUGUGCAGACAUUAACGCGUAAUUACAGAUGCCUUGGUUAAUAACGCAUUUGCUGUACCCUAUAGUGAAUUAAAGUCCGCGUCAGAAAGAGCCCAGCCAAUGGUGCUGCUCUUCUAAUAUCGGUUUUUCCUCUGGGUUUGAGAUGCAUCACUGUUAACGAACACACAGAUGCAUCAUGCAUGCACAUUUACACACACAUAACGCUAUUGAAAAGUACAGCAAUAAAAUAAAACGACAAUUAUUACAAAUCGAAUAAUGGUAAAAAAAUUAAAAUAAAGACGGUCUCUCUCUCUCUCUCUCUCCUCCAAACACUGGAUGUGCUUCGGUCCCUCCCCUUUCUGUCUGCCAUCACCCUCCUCUACAAUCCAGUAAAGUGAUGCUCGGCGCCUCCUCCUCGUUUCUCUGCGCGUUUCUCAGCAGCAGUCGGACUCUCCAUCUCUCCAUCCGGAGCUGCAGCACUGCUGUCGGAUAUUUGCUCCUCAGCUCUGCUUUUUUCCAGUCGAGCGUUUCUCAGAUGCUGCUCUGCGAACCGAACCCCCGGAUUUCUCCCUCUUGAGUAUGAGAGGAACCGCUGACCCAUCCGCACACCAGAGCCAGCAGCAUGCGCGCCGCCGCCGGACCCGGAGCCUCAGCCGAACUUUAAAGCAGCGCGGAGCGUCAGAUUCCCGAUUCACGGGAGCAGCAGUUUCAGGUCUCCACAGAAUGGAGCGAGAAUGAGCAGAGAGCGGUCGAGAGUGAAGCAUGAACUGGAGGCUCAUUGAAGUCACUUACUUCCUGUUUAUAUGGGACCAUAUAACAGUUCAGUCUUCCCGCCAAGAGCCCUCGGCCAACGAACAGCAUGUCACCAAGCAGUUUGAUUGGCUCAUCUCUGACCGUGGCCCUUUCCACCACUCGAAGGGGUACCUCUCCUUCAUGGAAAGAUUUCGCCAAGGAUUCACAACCCGGUAUAAAAUUUAUAGGGAGUUUGCACGCUGGAAGGUGAGGAACACAGCCAUCGAGAGGCGGGAUCUGAUCCGGAAUCCUCUGCCCUUGAUGCCGGAGUUCCAGCGCAGCAUGCGGAUGCUCGGACGACGGCCGUCCACGCAACAGUUCAUCGACACCAUCAUCAAGAAAUAUGGAACGCACAUCUUGAUCUCGGCCACACUGGGAGGUGAGGAAGCUCUCACCAUGUACAUGGCCAAGAACAAGCUGGACCGGAAGAUGGUCAACGCCACCCAAGGAGUCGAGGCACUGCACCAGCUCGCCUCGUCGUACUUCAUCGACCGCGACGGCACCAUGCGCAAACUCCACGAGAUUCAGAUCUCCAGCAACGCCAUUAAGGUGACGGAGACACGAACGGGUCCGCUGGGCUGCAGCACGUAUGAUAAUCUGGACUCGGUCAGUUCUGUUCUUCUUCAGAGCCCGGAGAGCAAACUCCAUCUGCAAGGUUUGCAGGUCAUUUUCCCCGAGUACCUGCAGGAGAAGUUCGUCCAGUCGGCUCUCAGCUACAUCAUGUGUAACGGGGAGGGUGAAUACAUCUGCCAGAACAGCCAGUGCAUCUGUCAGUGUGCUGACGAGUUCCCUCAAUGCAACUGUCCCACGACUGACCUCCAGAUCAUGGAGAACACGCUCAUCGGCAUGGCGGAGACUUGGGAAGCUUCUUACAGUGACUUCGAGAACUCAGAUGAGUUUAAGUCUUUUCUGAAGCGGCUGCCCGCGACGCAUUUCCUCCCUGUGAGCAGCGUGCACCUGCUGUGGGGCAGCGACUGGGACCUUCAGAACCGCUAUCGGCUCUUGCAGAGUUCUCUGGAGGUCCAGAGACUGAAGAUCCAGCGCACGGCCCGCAAACUCUUCGGCCUGAGCAUCCGCUGCCACCACAACCCCAACCACCAGAUGCCCAGAGAGAGGUCGGUGCUACAGUGGCUGAACCGCGUGCAGUCGUUCCUCUACUGCAACGAGAACGGCUUCUGGGGAACCUUCCUGGAGAGCCAGCGCACGUGCGUGUGCCACACGGGGGCCACCCUUUGCCAGCGGCCCAUCCCUUGCGUGAUCGGCGGCAACAACAGUUGCGCCAUGUGCAGCCUGGCCAACAUCUCCCAGUGCGGCUCCUGCAACAAGGGCUACAAGCUGUACCGCGGCCGCUGCGAGCCGCAGAACGUGGACUCGGAGCGCAGCGAGCAGUUCAUCAGCUUCGAGACAGACCUGGACUUCCAGGACCUGGAGCUCAAGUACCUGCUGCAGAAGAUGGACUCGCGUCUGCACAUCCACACCACCUUCAUCAGCAACGAGGUGCGCCUGGAGACCUUCUUCGACCCGCGGUGGCGCAAGAGGAUGUCGCUGACGCUCAAGAGCAACAAGAACCGCAUGGACUACCUGCACAUGAUCGUCGGCCUGUCCAUGAAGAUCUGCCAGAUGCGCAACAGCAGCGUGGACCCCAUGUUCUUCGUCUACGUCAACCCGUUCAGCGGAAGCCACUCCGAGGGCUGGAGCAUGCCGUUCGGCGAGCACGGAUACCCGCGCUGGGAGAAGGUGCGGCUGCAGAACUCGCAGUGCUUUAACUGGACCCUGCUGUUGGGGAACCGCUGGAAGACCUUCUUCGAGACGGUGCACAUCUACCUGCGAAGCCGCGCCAAGGUGCCCACCGUCCUGCGCAACGACACGGGCCAGGGCCCGGUGGACUUAUCCGACCCCAACAAGCGGCAGAUCUACAUCAAGAUCUCCGACAUACAAGUGUUCGGCUACAGCCUGCGGUUCAACGCCGACCUGCUGAGGAGCGCCGUGCAGCAGGUCAACCAGUCGUACACGCAGGGGACCCAGUUCUACUCGUCCUCGUCCAUCAUGCUCCUGCUGCUGGACAUACGGGAGAGAAUUAACCGUCUGGCCCCUCCGGUGGCCCCUGGGAAGCCCCAGCUGGACCUGUUCUCCUGUAUGCUGAAACAUCGACUCAAGCUCAACAACAGCGAGAUGAUUCGCGUGAAUCACGCCUUGGACAUGUACAACACAGAAAUCUUGAAACAAUCAGAUCACCUGACUACCAAACUUUGCUGAAAACAACUAGGAAGAAGAAGAAGAAGAAAACGUUGUAUUGAGAACAACAACAACAACAACAAAAUUAUUUUCUUUCUCGGAUUGAUUUGGAAUCUUUUUGCUUUGCUUUUUUGAUGUAUUAUUAACAACUUUGUAAGUGUAAUUGUUAAACGGAAACUAAAAAUACAGAGAGAAGUCAUUUUAGCUCACUAAAGGAAAACAAACAAACAAACAGAAAGAAAAAAAAAAAAAAAAUAACUGUAUCAUAUUUGUCGAAGCAUGUCUGUCAUUUCCUAAAAGAGAAUUACCAGAAAAGAUCACAAACUAUUAAAUUCAACAUCCAGUGACACAGAGGCCUUGAUUUUACUUUGAGGGAACAAAGGUACAUCUUAAACUGCCAUUCUAACAUGUUUUUAGAGAUGUAACAUAAGGGCAGAACCAAAACACAGGAAUUAAUUUGAGACACUACCAUGAUAUUGUCAUACAUAUUUUAGACUGUGUCUUGUCCUUUCAUACGACCCAUCUGAGAGAGUUCAGUACAGGCGUCCAUCCUUUCUUGAGGGAUGUCCGGUUUUAUUUCCGCUCGCCAGGAGAACUGAAUCCCGUCUGUUGUAUUUUCAGAUCCGCGCUCUUGUUUUUCAAGCAGGUUUGAGUCGCUUCGGUGCCUGAGUGCAGUAUCUACGGUUGAACAUAAUCAAUUCAUGCUAUUUCGUACUGCUUCGCAUAAUGUACACGUUGUGAUUGCUGAUGUGUCGAGCUUUUUUGCAGCACCGUGAACAAAAUUUGAUCAUUUCUUCAUUUCUUUAAGGGUCAGCAUAAAGCCAUACAUUUCUCAGAGGGAUGAAAAAAAAAAGAAAAAAAAAAAAAAAGAAGAAGCUGGGCACAUUUUGUGAGAAAUGUCCUAUAAAUUGCUUUUGUAUUUUUGUUUUACAGUCUUUUUCUAAUGAAAUAUAGCACAGUGGUCUGAAAAAAGAAAAAAGAGAAAAAAGAAAAAUGAUAUAUAUGUACUGCGGGAUUACGGCAUGACAUUGUAAAGCCAUUGCAUUUUCAUUAACAGAGUGAAUCCACAAGAACAGUAUAUUAAAGCUUCAAAUAUCUAUGAUGGUUUUAAUCUCAAAAUCUGCUUGUAUACCAAAUGUACACUUUACUUUUAUAAUAUUUCAUUUGGGUUUUAUAUUCCUUGAUGCAAUUCAGGUUUAACUUUUUCGACAUGUCGAUUGAUUAAUCUCUACUCUAAAAUCUUAGAUAAGGGGAGGGGGGAUUUUUAUUUUUAUUUAUUUUUUAACCUUCACUGGAGUUAUUUUUAGGAUAGGGAGCAUACCAUUAUUAUUUGCAUUAAUUAUUGUUAUUAUUUUUAUCAUUAUUAUCCGAUCUUAUUAAGUGCCUGUUAGCUAUCCCUUUAAUGCUUUCCUUCACUUUUUUUUUUUUUUUUUGGUUUGUUUAGCAGUACUAAUGCCAUCUAAAUCUAAACACAUGCCACUUGACUCAUGGGAACAGGGCCAAAAGCUUUCUUGCUAUACUCUGCAUGAUUUGAAAAUAACCUCUUGAGAGGAGACUUAACUUGGUUAAUGAAUUAGAGUUAAAUGUGUAUUAUAAGUGUAAAUACCUAUUUUGUCUUGAUAUAGCCAUGGAAACAAAAGCUCUUCUUAUAUUACAGCAAAUGAACCGCAGCCCAUUAAACACGACACAAACCCCCUCGAGCACAAGUUCUGUAAAUAUCGCAGGUCUCCCACAAAAUCAUCACCAGCUGAAAUGGAUCUCGUCCAAGCUCAAUCUGUUAACGAUCUACACGAGCACAUGCUUGCAGCCUUCACACACUUCUGUUACUGAAACCAUGUACAACACGAUCUCACGAUCCAAUAGAGCGUUCAGUGGGUUGAGAAACUGCUUUCAAGUACUUUAUGUAAUUUCUGCUGUUCUGUUGAAAUAACUAUAUCGGCUUUCUUCAAAAUGAAUGUUUCAAAUAAUAAUCUAUUUCUCAUUAAAAUGCUAUAUUUAAUAA